AGCUAGUGAUUUUUCGUCAGAAUGCCGUAGCUCUAUAUAAGCGCUGUGAUUGGAUCAUAACCCUGCCAAUAAGCAGGAGAGUCGAGAAAGCUUUGUUUUUCAUCAGGCAGAAUGUACUGUGGGUAUUAGGUCGUGAUGAAACCGGCGUGUAGGUGGACGAAUUCACCCUGGUGAUUGGUAGCUAGCUAUUUAACAACUGUACCCAUCAACACACCGAUUUUUUUGCCUAAUAUAUUUGUGUGGAUUUGAUUUCCUGGUAGCCCCAAUAAAUCGCAUUUUGAUAAAGUAUUUUGGAAGACGGCAACAGAAAGAAGAGACUGGACGUCAUCGUCGCUUUCUGGACAUACACACAGGAAACCUAAGCGGGGGUGGAGGCAUCUAGCUAGCUAGCAGUCCGUGAGCUGCUACGGUUUGGCCCACGUUAAAUUUCAUCAUUAAUCGGGAGUACUAUUGUUUUCAAUUUAAGGUACAAUGUCUAAACAAACUGAUUUGAUCCUUUAAGAAAAUGUAUUGUUCUUGCGUUAUAUCGAGAGAAGAGCGACUGUUUGCUGGAAUGGAAAUCGACGUCGAGGAGAUAGCAGAGUGACCUAGCUAGCAAGCAAUCUAAGAGAGUAGCUAGCUAGCUACAGUAGCUGGGUAGCCAGUUUUAGCUGCUGUAGCAAACCUGUAAGACAAAGGGGGAAGGGUACGGUUCACGGUUAUCAAAGAUACAUAUCAGUGUGUAGUUUGUAUUCAAAUAUCGACCUACACAACUAGGUAGAUUUUAGUUGGUUAGCUAACGUAUGUAUUCGGUUACAACACAAGCUAAUGAGAAUCCUGAUUAGCUAGCGAAGUCAUUCCUGCAGUUACUUUGACCUGUCCGUAUUAACAACGCUAGUUUAAGUUGCUUGAUGGACAACGUAUUCCAUUAUUUCUAGCUAGUACCCUAACGUAAAAGAUACAGGCCAUUAUUUCCUAUCUUACCGCUUGCGCCAGGGUGACUACCAUCAAGAGUAAUUUGCUAACGUUUACUAGUUGGCUAGAUCAAUGGAUCUCAAGACGGCAGUGUACAACGCAGCCAGGGACGGCAAGCUCCGGUUGUUACAGAAGCUUUUGGAGAACAAAGCUGGUAAUGAAGUUACCAAGCUAAUGGAAGAAAAGACUAAUGGGGCGACUCCGCUGCUGAUGGCUGCGAGAUACGGGCAUCUGGAUUUAGUCGAGUACCUUUUGGAGUGCUGCUCUGCCCCCGUUGAGAUUGGUGGAUCAGUGAAUUUUGAUGGCGAGACCAUCGAAGGAGCUCCGCCGCUGUGGGCCGCCUCAGCUGCCGGCCACCUGAAAGUAGUGCAGUCAUUACUGGGCCACGGUGCCGCUGUGAACAACACAACCCUCACAAAUUCAACCCCCUUGAGAGCCGCCUGCUUUGAUGGGCAUCUUGACAUUGUAAAGUACCUGGUGGAGCACAAGGCUGAUCUGGAGGUAGCAAAUCGACACGGUCAUACGUGUCUCAUGAUCUCUUGUUACAAAGGACAUAAAGAGAUCGCCCAGUACCUCUUGGAAAAAGGUGCGGAUGUUAAUAGGAAAAGUGUUAAAGGUAACACGGCUCUGCACGACUGCGCCGAGUCGGGGAGCCUGGAGAUCAUGAAGAUGCUCCUGAAGUACGGCGCCAAAAUGGAGAAGGACGGCUACGGCAUGACCCCGCUCCUCUCGGCCAGCGUGACCGGGCACACCAACAUCGUGGACUUCCUCACCCAGCACCGGCAGACCGGCCCGCUGGAGCGCAUAAACGCCCUGGAGCUGCUGGGCGCCACCUUCGUGGACAAGAAGCGGGACCUCCUGGGCGCGCUCAAGUACUGGAAGCGGGCCAUGGACCUGCGCUACGGCGACGCGGGGAACGUCCUGCGCAAGGCCGAGCCGGAGCGGCUGAUCGCGGCCUACGACUGCGCCCGGGAGGUGAACAGCACCGACGAGCUGGACAGCCUGAUCUCGGACCCGGACGAGAUGCGCAUGCAGGCCCUGCUGAUCCGGGAGCGCGUGCUGGGGCCGUCGCACCCGGACACGUCCUACUACAUCCGCUACCGCGGCGCCGUCUACGCCGACUCGGGCAACUUCGAGCGCUGCAUCAACCUGUGGAAGUACGCGCUGGACAUGCAGCAGAGCAACCUGGACCCGCUCAGCCCCAUGACGGCCAGCAGCCUGCUCUCCUUCGCCGAGCUCUUCUCCUUCAUGCUCCAGGACCGGGCCAAGGGCCUGCUGGGCACCCAGGUGUCCUUCCAGGACCUGAUGGGCAUCCUCACCAAGAGCGUGCUGGAGAUCGAGCGGGCCGUGAAGCAGACCCAGCCGGCCCCGGACCCGGCCCAGCUGAGCAAGGCGCUGUCCAUCAUCCUGCACCUGGUCUGCCUGCUGGAGAAGGUUCCCUGCAGCGCGGAGGAGGACCACUUCAAGAAGGAGACCAUCUACCGCUUCCUGAAGCUGCACCCCUGCGGGAAGAACGGCUACAGCCCGCUCCACCUGGCGGUGGACCGCAACACCACCUGCGUGGGCCGCUACCCCGUCUGCAAGUUCCCCUCCUUCCAGGUGGCCUCCAUCCUGCUGGAGUGCGGCGCCGACGUCAACUGCCGCGACGAGGACGACAACAGCCCGCUGCACGUGGCGGCGUCCAACAACAACCCGGACAUCAUGAACCUGCUGAUCGCCUGGGGCACGCACUUCGACAGCACCAACUCCUUCAAGCAGACGCCCAGCGACCUGCUGGACGAGAAGGAGAUGGCCAAGAACCUGAUCCAGCCCAUCAACCACACCACGCUGCAGUGCCUGGCCGCGCGCACCAUCGUCCGGCACGGCCUCGCUUACCGCGGCGGCAUCCCCGAGAAGCUGGAGGCCUUCGUGCUGCUCCACAGAUGAUGACCGACGGCGGGCGCCCGAGAAGGCCUCCCCCCCCCCCCCCCCCCCCACUUCCCACCACAACACCCCCCACUGUGCGCUUCAUGAUUGUAAAAAGAAAAAAAACGAAAAAAAGGAAUUGCGAGGCGAGACUUUUUCGGCGGCUUCCCGCCAAGCCAGAAUCGGACGGCGAGUUAAUUUCCUUGACAAUUCUGUAACGUUGGCCUAUGCAGAAUGUUGUACAAAGUUUGGCUUUUUUGUUGUUUUCCUUUAUUUUUUUACUUAUUAUUUUUUUUUGCCUGAAGGAUUUCUUCAUAUUUAAUGCUACUUAUGAGGAUCUGUGUGAAAGCCCUCCCUGUACCCCUUCUGCUUUGUGUUCAUGUCACUAUGCAAAGGUUGCAGGGGAUUGUGGAAUUAAUUUGGGUAAACUUUUUAAAAAAAUAACUUCCGCUGCCAAGAAGGACAUUCUGUAAAUUUGCAUCUCCCGUAAAAUGCUUGCUGCGCUCUAAAUUCUGUGGUUAUGUUUGUCAGUGUCGGUUACACGGAACUGAGUGGAGUGGAUGGAACGGACUGUUUUUUUCAAUUCCCUCCAACCGCGAAGAAGCUUUACGAAGUCGGUUGUUCAUGUUUGCAAAUACCGUAAGUGCUUUACUCCUCCUAUGCACAUGAUAUGCGACUGUUCUAUGUUGGCACUCGUCUGUGCAAUACCUAGGAUUUUUGUGAUAAAUGCCUGUUUCUCUUUGGAUUGUUUGUUUUAUUUUAUUUUUUUCCUCUCAGAACUUUCUAUGAUAUGUUACACUACGCAAAAAUGGGUUGGGGUGUAUGGAUUUUGCUAGACCCUUAUUGAAUGAGUCCGACCGUAUGAGAGCACGCAGACUAAGUAACAGAAGUGCUUUUAUUGCAUCCAAACAAAGAAUGUCUUGUGAGCAGGAGAUGUGAGCAACAUUAACAAUGCAUUGUCAUGUUCUUUGGACCCCUAUUGUCAUGAGGCAAACCCUUGGUAACAACGGGAGGAGUGUUAUGGGUCAGUCCAAUGCUAAGAUUCGAAUGUGCAUGUCGUUAAAUUUUUAAGAGUAAUUUCUCAUUUUCACCUUGAAGCUUUACGCGGCGUAUCAUUCAAUGGCGGAAAAAGCAUCAGGUGUUCUGCCGAACUCCACGCUGAGCAAAAACGUGUUUUUACUACUGUUGAAUCGUAUGAAGUCGUCAUCAGAUCAACCGCCUUUCCCAGACAGGUGAAACAUUGUUAAAACUGCACAUUAGCUUUAGUCAUGUGGCAAAAAGGGCUUUUCAUAUUUUUAGGAGCAGAUUUCCCAACCGAAGGAGCUUUACAGACAAACCAUCAGGUAUUGACUGUAUUGUGCACUUUAUUACCACAGAGUACAAUAUUUCAUAUGGCAGUAUGGCAUAAAUUCUUUUAAUGUCUUAAGAGCAAAUUUGACAAUAAACCCAUGUUGCACUUGU